GUAAAUUUCACCAUAAAAUGUAAAUUUUUCAAUUUUUGUGAACUUUUUCGUUCGUUUCUCUCUGUUUUUCCAUUUUCGCACUCGUUUCUCACUUUAAUCGCUUCCAUCUCACUUCAUUUUUCUCUGUCUAUUUACAUUUGCGUCUGAUAUACCCUCUGGUUAAAGUUUAAGGUUGCAGCUCUCGUAAAGGUCGGCUUUUAGUGGAUACGUCAAAGUGCGGGGUCGUAUUGUUAAGUUUACCCUUUGUUUUCGGAAAAGGUCGAAGUUUCUUGCUACUCUAGGGGAUUAAUGGAUGUUUAGAGUAUGAAAGCCUCGUCCUGAGAUGCUUGCGCGGCUGUAUUGAGUUUCUAGGGUAAAGUUUGUACAAGUCGCUAGGGUAUAACAAGACUCAAAUGGCUAGAUACGACACAAGGUCUUAGCUUAAAGAGGAUUAGAGUACGGAAACGUUUCAGUCUGAAAAGGUGUUAGGGAAACUGUAAAGGAGCACAGCAAUGGAGGACUGUAAAAUCUUGAGCGAGGAUGAACCUAUCCCGCCCGCAGAACCUUAUACAGAUGUUCCCAUAGAACCGGUUCCAGCGGAGCCAACAUACCUUGUCAAUCCCAAGAACCUACACACGGAAGAAGUUCUACGGAAAUUGCAAACACUAACCUCAGGUGACUCAGUAUUCUUUAAAAAAUCGGCACUUGGAGAUCAAAUGAGCAGCUUUGAAACUCCAACUUAUACAGAUUUUGUGCAUGGCACCGUAGUUUGUUGGACGUUUGAUGAGCUUAAGCAAUACAUUGUUAUAAAUGUUAGGCCGCAUGGGAACUUGCAGUUUCUCUAUUCUGAUCUCUUCGAUAUGACCCUUGCAAGGGAUGUGUUUUUGCAUAAGCUAGACAUUAAAGUUGAUAUAGUAAAGGCCUCAGCUGAAAAAAGCAUUGACACGCCUUAUAAUGUAGAUUCCGCAGUAAGCUGCGAUGUACGUGUUAGACCAGUACCACCAGGAGUGGAAACAUUUUGCAAAUGCCGAUUUAUAAACAAACUAGAAUUUGUAAGGAAAUUAAGAGGAAUAAUUAGAAGCAAUAAACACAUGUUUAUGGAAAAAACAAUGUAUAUGAAGGAAUUGAGACUAAUAAUGUCACAAAACGUACGUGCAUAUGAACUAGAAAUGGUAGCAUAUGUACUAAAUGCAAACCCGUGGCAAUACAGCUCAAAUCCAAGUGAAGAACCAUCGCAAGAAAGAGUAAAGGAAAUUCUAGAACUAUACAAGAAUGCAGUCAGAAACCCAAUCUACAUUGCACUCUACAAUAAAUGGAAAGAGUACAUUAAAAGCAUAGCCGAAUAA